UCUGGGGGAGGAAGAGGAGAGAGAAGCAGGUGUAUAAAACCUGUACUAUGACAGAGCAUCAGACACCACACAUGAACACACCCAGAGACAGGAGACACACAGACGAGGAAACAAGAAAAGGGGGCUUAAGACAAAUCUCACAAGAAAUGCAGACAAGAGAGAUGAAGGUUUUACUGGCUGUGUUUUGUGUGGUUACCAUUGUCCAGUCCUGCCACGCAGUGUCCAGCAGUGGUGAAUGCUACUUCAAUGCAAAAGCCAGUUGUGAACACAAGGGUCGUGUAUAUGGCAUAGGAGAGACGUGGAUGAAUGAGGAAUGUUUCCAGUGUGUGUGUUUUGAACCUUUCGGAGUGGGCUGCUGUGAAGAUGGAAAGCAGCCUGUGGAUUACCCGCCCUGGUGUGAAGCCGUUAGAAAGCCAGAUUCCUGUACGGUUGCUGUGGUGAUGAAGGCCAACCAUAAACUUCCUUGUCUGUUCAGCACCAAAAGCCGUUGGAGAUCAGGGCAAGGGCUGCUGUGGAAAUCAGAUAAUGAUCCACUAUUCUAGACUGCACCAUUGAAGCACUCAGAGACGUGUAGGGACACACGACACAGAAAACCAAAUAGUUUUGUGUAAAAAUAAAUCUGAUAAAUUGCAUGAAACUAUUUUUGUAAGGAUUUCUCAGUGUUCAGUCCCAGCAUGAUUCGAGACUGGACUGUUGUGUCCGUAGAAAUUUGAGCCUAUGAGGGCACACAGUCAGCGUCUUAUAAUUUUUAAACCAUAAAAUAUAAUUAAAUUAUAUUUUGAGUCCCAGACCUGCAAUGUAAACUGGAUUUAGGACUCUACUGUAUGUGAAUGACAACAAAAGUGUAACUGGGAUUAAAUAUUUUUCCAGUAACACUGAUGGCUAUCAAGCAAAUAAAAUAAAACUGAAAUCAGGAA